AGGCAAUCUUUUCGUCGAAAAUGGGUGCAGUUGUCCGGUACGCUGGGUCGCUUUUCUUUGCCGCGUGGACUGGAGGCUUGGCUCCAACGUUUCGGUCGCGUGGCGGGGCAUAGGCGGCGUCGCGAAUAUGGGCGUAGGGGUGUUCAGGUGAGUUCUCUUUUGUGGGCCGUGUCAUGAUACUGGGCGGAACGGCAGGGGCAAUGGGAGGCGCUGGAGGCGUUGGAGGCGGUACCGACGCGCGUACCGGUUGUUCUGGUUCCUCGACCGAUUCUCCGGAUGCGCCGGCGGCAAGAGCGCGUCGUGCCUGGGCGCGCGUGCGGAUUGCAAAGAUCUCCUUCUCCAGACUCGCAAGGCGCUCUUCUUCGGACAGGACGAAUUUGGCAGCGGGAUUGGACUGGGAAGACGCAGGAUACGACGACGACAGUUUGUGCCAUUCCUUGAUACGGGCUCUGAGAUUGACACCGGGGAUUCUGCGGGGAACAAACGCGCCGUGGGCAGCGGCUGAUGUAAUGGUCACCACCACAAUAAACGCACUGAUCACCUUCUCGUCGGGGUGCCGAUGGGCUGGCUGGCAACGGGCUCGCAUAUGGACGACUUGGCUGCUGCUGCUGCGCUAGCAAGACCUUCAUUAGACCAUUCAUGGUCUCCAGC